AUGCCGAGCAGAGAGGGGAAGGAGGAUGAGGAGCUGGAGGCUCCGGAGGCUCCGUCAGCCGGGAAGAGCCGAGGCUCAGGAGCAGCAGGAGCAGGGUGGGCGUGGGGAGUGGUGCUUCACUUCUUCCUGGUCAAUGUGCUCGUGAUGGGGACGCUCAAGACCUUUGGGAUUUUCUUCGUGGCCUUCCGAGAGGAGAUGGGGGGAUCCUCAGAGCAGCUCAGCUGGAUUGGCUCCAUCAUGUCCUCCCUGCGCUUCCUGGGAGCCCCGCUGGUGUCCGUGCUGUGCCAGCGCCUGGGAGAGCGGCCGAUCUCCAUCCUCGGGGCUGGGCUGGUGGCUGGGGGCUGCCUGCUCAGCACCCAGGCCACCAGUGUGUCCUUCCUCUGCUUCUCCAUGGGCUUCCUGCUGGGGCUGGGCUUUGCCUGUCUGUACCAGGCAGCUGCAGUGGUGACAGCCAAGCGCUGCCGGGCUCGCCUGGCGCUCAGCAACGCCCUGGCCCGCUCGGGCAUGGGGCUGACCUUCCUCAUGGCCCCCUUCACCCAGCUCCUCAUCGAGGCCUAUGGAUGGCAAGGUACUCUGCUCAUUUUUGGAGGCAUCAUGCUGAACCUGGUGCCUUCCAGCAUGCUCCUGUGGCCUGCCAGUCCCCAGCUGCCUCGGGAACCUGCCAAAAAUCAACACCAGGGGUCUCCAGGGGCAGAGAAGGAUCCAGAAAGUCCUGGUGGGUGUUCAGAUGGAAGCACUCGGAGGGAAUCACAGCUUCUUCAUGCACAGGAGGCUCCCAGCACAGAGAGACUCGUGGUGCCCCACGGCACAGACGUCUCAGAGCCAGCAAAUCCAUCUGCCUUGGGAAAGCUGCAGAAACCCAGCCUGGAGAGCUCCUCAGAAAUCCCCACCGAGGCCAGGAGAGGCCCCCAAACCCCUGCAGCCACCACAAAGGAACCUCCCCAGCCUCUCCUGGACUUCUCCCCGCUGAAGGAUCCCGUUUUCUACAUCUUCACCUGGUCUUUCCUCUUCAGCCACCUGGCCUAUUUCGUGCCCUUCUUCCACCUGGUGGCCAGAGCCAGGACCCUGGGCUUGAGCAGCAGGGAUGGCUCCCACCUCAUCGCCGUGGCUGGGAUCACAGAGAUGCUGAGCCAGCUGCUCUCAGGCUGGCUGGCCGACCACAAGUGGACCCAGAGGUACCAUUUCCAUGUCACCUACCUGCUCCUGAGCGGGGCCACCAACCUGCUGGGGCCGCUGGCCACCACCUUCCACCUGCUGCUGGCCUACACCGUGUCCCUGGCCACCUUCUGUGGAGGCUUCAUGGCCCUGGUGCUGCCCGUGCUGGUGGAUCUGGUGGGUGUGGAGAAGCUCCACAGCUACCUGGGGUUUGCUGCUUUCUUUGCAGGGAUAGCAGCCAUGGGAGGACCCCCUCUAGCAGGGUGGCUCUAUGACUACACCCAGACCUACGCCUGCUCCUUCCUCUUUGCUGGAGCCUGUGCUCUCAUCUCACCCAUCUCCUUCUUCUUCGAGCCUGCAGCCCAAAAAUGGAAGCUAAAAAAAGCCAAUUUGAACAAAAACUGA